GUAAAAAUAAAUAUUGGGCCUUGGCGUUGGAGCCGUGCAACAAGCAACUCCGUACUAAUAGUUAGCCCACUAUUACAAAAUAUUCAUCGUGAAUUUCCAGGUUUCACAGCUGUUGCCUUCCUUCCUCACAACACUAUCAAAGGCGAGAGUUUUUCAAUCUCUUCCUCUGCAAUUCUUAAAUUCAAAAUCCCCAUUGCCAUUUUUAGAGCACAGGAAAUUCUUCAAAUCUAUCCAAAAUGGAGGUUCUUACCAAAAUCAAAUACAACCAGCCGCCAUUGUCACUCUCUCUCCGCCACCACAACCACCGUUCAUCUUUCUCAACACCCAUUUCUUCCAUCUCCUUCAACUCCCAAAUUUCACGCUCUUUCGCCUCGUCCUCGUUAUCAUUGAAAAUCAGAUCUUCUUCGUCAUCGAAUUCUACUUCUAUGGCCGUUAAUUCGAAAUCUUCCUCAAAGCCCAAAACCCUAAACCCUUUCUCUAUCCUAAAAACUCCGCUAACAAUCGCCGUGGCUGCCACCGCAAUCUUCUUCUCUGGGCUGGGUCACAAACCGUUGACCGCCAGAGCUGAGCCGCCUAUGGUUGAAACGACGACUCAGGAAAGAGUAGAAGACGCAGGUUUAAACGAGGAGAGAGAAAGGAAGCUGGAGGAGGAUUUGGCGGCGCAACCAGACGAUGUCGAUACGCUGAAGUCAUUAAUGGAAGUGAAGAUUAAGAACAAGAAGCUUCCAGAAGCGGUAGAAGUCCUAAACAAGUUGAUUGAGCUGGAGCCAGAAGAUUCCGAAUGGCCAUUGUUGAGAUGUCACAUGUAUAGCUACAUGGGAGAAUCGGGGAUGGCAAAAUCAGGUUUUGAAGAGAUCAUAGCGAAAGACCCAUUUCGUGUUGAGGCGUUUCAUGGUCUUGUAAUGGCGGUUUCGCAAGGCGAAUCGGAUGGUAAAGAGAUGGAGGAGGUCACAAAGAGGAUUCAGGAGGCGACAGAGAGGUGCAGCAAGGAGAAAAAGAAUGAAGAAAUGAGGGAUUUUAAGCUAUUGAUGGCUCAAAUUCGAGUUAUUGAAGGGAAUUAUGUAGAAGCUUUGAAGGUUUAUCAGGAACUAGUGAAGGAAGAACCAAGAGAUUUUAGGCCUUAUUUAUGUCAAGGAAUUAUCUACACAUUGUUGAGGAAGAAGGAUGAAGCAGAGAAGCAAUUUGACAAGUAUAAGAGGCUGGUGCCAAAGGGCCAUCCUUAUGCUCGAUUUUUCGAUGAAAAUGUGCUUUCUACUAAGGUAUUUUCCCAAAUGGGAGAGAAUGAGAGAAUGAAAAUGGGGUCACAAAAUUAGUUGCUUUUGGUUCUUAUUUGUGGUUUUGUUUUAUUAAUUGUAGUACGAAGUAUUAGUUUAUGCAUUAGUGUUUUACCAUCAUUAAUGGAACGAAAGAAAACCAAGUUAUUUAGUGA